AUGGACUGGGAACGCAGUAGAAGGUUCGAAGAUCAUCGUGGUAGGGAGAGCUAUCGACCGCCAGCUCCUCGAGGCUACAGUCGUCACACAUCCCCAACACGAACUCGUUCACCUCGGCUUGUCGCUGAUACAUGGGUCCCCUCCUCUAGUCGACACUACGGUCGUUUAAGAAGUCGUUCACCAUUGCCGUUCAGACGUCAUUCUCGAAGUCCCCCUUACCGGCACAGAGACUCCGAUCCUGGACUAUUUGCAAACAGUGCUCCAAGGAGAUUCUCGCCUAGACGAGAUGCGCGCCUGCGAUCGCCUCAAAUUGGGUGGCGUCCGCGUUCACCGUAUGAUGACCGCCCUCGUGAUAGCUCUCGCGGUCGAUCUACCCCUAGACGGCGAGACCAAAGCCCUCCUAGGCAAGACUUUACAUACUCGAAACGAGAGCGCUACCCACCGACUGUCGAUCGCUACAAAAAAUCUGCGUCUCCCCUGAGGCGGGGUCCAGUUCGUGCCAGUGAUAUCACUCCCCUGAUGACAAGUCAUCGUCGACGGAGUUCUUCACAGGAGUUUCGAGAUCGUCGUCCAGAUAACAAUACAAACCAGGCGCGGCCUUCGCCUUCGACUAGGGCUGCUUCAACAAUCCACAAUUCAACCUCUAGCUCCCGUUCGGACUCAAGACGUUCAUCCCCUUUAAAUGACACGACUAGGGCGACGGUGCGCAAAUCGAGAAGCGGGUCACCAGUCACUCGAGACUUUCCACAGCGCCGCGUGUCCGUAUCUUCUGAUCAUUCCUCAUCUCGUCAAGCUGAAACGAUCUCGUCAAAUGAACUCAAAAGUCAAGAAGAUGCAACACAUAUGCCUCCAACUUCGGUGCAAAUUGUUGCACUGUCAAAUGAUCGUGGUGUCUCGGUCCCCACGUUGGGCCGUCCAGAGAAUAAUUCGGAGUCUGCAGAUGCAAUUUCCAGCGCUACUCCUCAAAGUGGACCGAGGGCCGUCUGUACAUCAUAUGGCCAGGCUGCAACGCCCAACAUAUCUGCAGGGCCCAAGCCGUCAUUCAAAAAUCGGGGUUCCAUGGUAUCUCUACUUUCUGCCCCCACUCGCCCUCGCGGAAAUUUGAAUCCGAAGGAUUUUGCUCGUUCUACUCGUCGUGGACACGUGUCAAUUUCGCAAGCAACUCCUCCAACGGGGCCGCGUCAUGGUCACAUCCCGACUGGACCCAGUGUUGACUCUGAUCGGCAGCAUAUCUAUCGGCAAAACAGCUUAUCUGGGACGUCUUAUCCUCGCCAGAGGCCCACCAAUUACCUUGCCGGCAUCGAUACAAUUGUCCCAGGAGGCAGACUUCUGGCGUACGACCUAGAUACUACCGUGGAAAAGCGACUUGCCCAGUUAGAGAUGGACAAAGAACGGUUAUUUGAACAAAUUGCAGAUAGCCAAAGGCUGAAGCACCUUGUCAUUAGAGACUGGGAGAGGUUAGAUAGAGAGAGCUCUAUCUGUGCAUUGAAGAUCUUGUUCAUCUGCUCGUCGGCUUACAUUAUCUACCUAAUGCUCAACGAUUACAAACCUACCCGGGAUCCCAAUUUGGACACAUUCAAAGUCCAAUACCUUCUAGGGAUCAGUGCUAUCUUGGCCGUCCUAUUCCCACAUGAUUACAGCAUUUCGGAGAUACUCUGGACCUUUUCCAUAUGGCUUGAAUCCGUCGCUAUCCUUCCACAGCUUUUUAUGCUCCAGCGCACCGGAGAAGCAGAUACUAUCACCACACAUUACCUCUUUGCCCUGGGGCUCUACCGCGCUCUCUAUAUACCUAAUUGGAUUUACCGUUACUUCGCAGAGAACCGCUUCCAGCCGAUACCCGUCGUGGCAGGUAUAGUCCAAACGCUCUUGUAUUCGGACUUUUUCUACAUCUAUUACACGAAGUGA